AUGUCCGACACACAACAACCGCCUCCUCUCGCCAUGUCAGGGAGCCGCCCUCCACCCGCUGACUAUGACAUGACGGGCUUGCAACGAGCAAAGAUGAUCUGGGAGGGCAACUUUUGCGGACCACUCGCUGAGUGGCCUGCUGAUCAGCCCAAGAUAGAGAACAUCAAAGCUGUACUUGCUCCAUGCCUGCGACAGUUAUCCGGCUAUCCUCCGGACAAACACAUCACCAACCUGGACGAAUGUCUCGACGUUACAUUCUUCGCCCAGGGAGCAUGGAACAAGGUCUUUCUGGUCCUGGAUAAGACUGCAACACCGGUCCGCGAGCUCAUCUUCCGUGUGUCUCUCCCUGUCUACCCCUGGUACAAGACAGAGGCCGAGGUGGCUACCCUCAAGUUCGUCACAGCACACACCGCCAUCCCAGCGCCGCAUGUCUAUGCAUACGACUCGUCUGCAGACAACCCUAUAGGCUAUGAGUGGAUCCUCAUGCAGCGUAUGCCUGGUGUCCCAUACGACUCUGUCCAAGACGGCAUCAGCCAGGCCGACAACCUCGCGAUGGCCCGUGAGCUCGCUGGAUGGGCUGACCAGCUCUCGCGGCACCGUUUUGACUCAGUUGGCAGUCUGUACACCCACCGCAACAACAAUAACUGUGUGAACGAUGGCGACGGAGCUACGGCCACAAUGGAGCAUGAAAACACACUGCCCAACGGCCUGAACAUAGGCCGUCCCAUUCUCCAGCAGUUCAUGUCCGACUGGCGCCACAGCUACCGCCACUGGCGAGGUCCCUUCCGCGAUCUCCACUCUUACAUCCGGUCCCUGCUCGACUGCCAGGCCAAUGAGCUCCUCGAUCCCCGCCAGCGCAUUAGGUAUGCCAUCGAUAUCCGACGGAAUCAGCUCCUAGACGUCAAGGGCAGCAAGAACAACGGCCAAGACAACGUCGCCUCUGCCCAGUUUGACGAGCAGGUCCAGCAGCUCGAAGCGAAGUACAAGGACCUGGUGUCGUCGAGCACAGCCGCGGACGACUCGGCAGUAGACUUCGAGACCUGCCGCUACCAGUACGCCGUUCCGCGGUACUGGGGGUACAUGACGCCCACUAACAACGACGCCUUCGCGCGACAAGUGCUACUGACCCGGCUCGGCGCCCUCGUUGAUACCCUCCCCGACGCCGAGCUGGGCAAGGAGGAUGCGGUCUUGCAUCACUGGGACAUGUCUGGGACCAAUAUCCUUGUCGACCCGCUCCCGCCCCACCGCGUCACGGCGCUCGUCGACUGGGAGCAGCUGCACACCGUGCCGCUCGCCCUCGUGGGUUCCCGAUAUCCAGCCGUCAUGCAGCGCGGCCUUGCCGGCUUGCCAGACAUGGAGGCGGCGCCCGCCCCCGAGGAAUGGCAGCUGCUCGGAGACGAGUGGGACAAGCAACAGAUGCGAGAAGAAUUUGACCAGGAGCUCCGCCGGCUAGAGUCCCCCUGGGCCCGAGUGGCCCUUGAUAGCGUCGACGAGGUACCCCGGCCGCCUGCUGCCGGUGCACAAGACUUCUGCCCUUGGUGCGGACAGGUCCAUGAGAUCAGCCCCCAUGGCAUCGCGAUGGACAUCGUGGGGCUGGCCCAGGGCCGCGGGGAGUGCUGCUGCGGUGCCCUGGAGAAGCUGGAGAAGGCAGUUGCGGAGGAGGGCCAGGGCAAGGCCGACGGUAACUGA